GUGUGUGUGUGUGUGUGUGUGUGUGUGUGUGUGUGUGUGUGUGUGUGUGUGUGUGUGUGUGUGUGGGACAGUCAGUCAGUCAUUUGAGCUACUGCUGCCUUACCAUGGCUGUUCUCUCUGCAGAGGUCCUGCGCUGGCAUGCUCGCAUUGAGGAGCUGGAAGAUGAACUGGAAGCAGAGCAGGCCAUCAGAGCCAAGGUUGAGAAGCAAAGAGCAGAUCUAACCAGGGAACUUGAUGACCUCACUGACCGAUUGGAGGAAGCAGGAGGGGUCACCACAUCACAGAUGGAGGUGAACAAAAAGCGAGAGGCUGAGCUGCAGCGUCUGAGACGUGACCUGGAGGAAACCUCUGUCCAGUCAGAAGCGCUGACCGCGUCUCUAAGGAAACGGUACGGUGAGGCCAUGGCCGAGCUGAGCGAGCAGUGUGAGGUUCUGCAGCGCACCAGGGCCAAACUCGAGAAGGAGAAACAGAACAUGAGGAUGGAGAUGGAUGAGAUGGCUGCCUCUAUGGACAGUCUGCAGAAAGCCAAGACAUCCUCAGAGAGCCUGACGAAGAAGCUAGAGGAGCAGCUCUCAGAUGCCAAUAGGAAGGCAGACAACCUGCAGAGAGCCCAGGCCGAGCUCAGUGUGGCCAGAAACAGACUCACAGCUGAUAAUGCAGACUUCAGUCGACGGAUGGAAGAGGCAGAGAGCAGGGCCAGCCAGCAGAGCCGCUCCAAGAACCUGCUCCAAUCCCAACUCGAAGAACUGAAGAAACAACUGGAGGAGGAAGUCAAGGGUAAGCAGGCGCUCAGCAGCAGUCUGACAUCUGUGCGGCAGGACAUCAUGGUGCUGAAGGAGCAGCUGGAGGAGGAGCAGGAGAGCAAGCAGGAGCUGCAGCGCCAUGUCUCCAAACUCAACAGUGAGGUGACGCACUGGAGAGGCAAACACGAGUUUGACACCAUGCAGAAUGCCGACGAGCUGGAGGAGACCAAGAAGAAACUCGCCAGCAGACUGCAGGAGGCAGAGGAGGCAGUGGAAGCCACACAAGCCAAAUGUUCUUCACUGGAGAAAAACAAACAAAGGUUGCAGGGAGAGGUGGGAGAACUCUGCUUGGACCUGGAGAAGGCCAGCAGCUGUGGUCAAGCUCUUGAUAAGAAGCAGCGGAUGCUGGAGAAGCAGCUUGGUGACUGGAAGCUAAAAUGUGAGGAGCUGGUUGUGGAGGUGGAAGGCUGCCAGAAGGAGAGCAGGCAACACACCGUGGAGCUCUUCAAAAUAAAGAGUGGCCAUGAAGAAUCUUUUGAGCAGCUGGAGACCUUACGCAGGGAGAACAAGGCCUACCAGGAGGAGGUAGCUGACCUUACAGACCAGAUUUCAGAUGGAAGUAAAAGUGUCCAUGAGCUCCAGAAAGCAAAGAAGAAGAUGGAGAUGGAGAAAGAAGAGAUACAGGCCUCACUGGAGGAGUGUGAGGCAGCUUUGGAGGCUGAGGAGACCAAGGUGCUGAGGCUGCUUUUGGAGCUGUCUCAGGCUAAAGAGAACCUAGAGUUCAGCCUUCAGGAGAAGGAUGAAGAAAUGGACGCCACCAGAAAAAGCCACCAGAGGGCCCUGGAGUCGCUGAAGGCCUCUCUGGAUGUGGAAAUGAACGGCAAGGCAGAGGGGCUGAAGCUGAAGAAGAAACUGGAAGCUAAUAUCCUUGAGCUGGAGCUGCAAGUGGACCUGCUCACCAAGAACAACACAGAGCUGAACAAGAAUAGCAAAAAGAUGCAGCAACAGAUGAAGGAGCUGCAGGCCCAGCUGGAGGAGGAGGAACGGAGCCACGAGGAGUGCAGGGAGGAACAUGCGGCCAUGGAAAGACGCUGCACUUUAUUAGUCAGCGAGGCAGGAGGGACUCGUGCAGCCCUGGAGAGUGCAGAAAAGGCCCGAAAGACCCUGGAGACUGAGCUGCUGGAGGCCAAGGAGAAACUCAGCGACCUCCACACCCAGCUCCAGUUGACUCUCAGUGGGAGAAGGAAGCUGGAGUUGGAUCUCCAGACUCUGCAGCAGGACCACGAGGAGCUGAAAGGAGAGCUGAGAGGAUACACAGACAAGUCCAAGAAGACCAGCUGUGAGUUGGCAAGAGUGGGGGAGGAGCUGCGUCUGGAGCAGGAGCAAACACUCCACCUGGAGAGAGGGAAGAAAGGUCUGGAGGCUCAGAUCAGAGACCUGAGCAGCAGGCUAGAGGAGGCUGAGCAGGUGGCUCUGAAAGGAGGCAAGAAGAUCAUCCAGAAGUUGGAGGGAAAGGUGAAGGAAAUGGAGCUAGAAUUGGACUCAGAGCAGAAGCGUCACGCUGAGACGGUGAAGACACUGCGGAAGAAUGAGCGGCGGCUGAAAGAGCUUCUGUUUCAGUCAGAAGAGGACCAGAAGAACCAGCAGAGGAUGAAGGAGCUGGUGGAGAGGCUGCAGAACAAGAUGAAGGCCUACAAGAGACAAGUAGAGGAGGCAGAGGAGCAAGCUAACAUGAACCUGGCAAAGUACAGGAAGACCGUCCAUGAGCUGGAUGACGCCGAGGAGCGAGCUGAAAUUGCUGAGUCAUCACUCACCAAGAUCAGGACCAAGAGAAGAGGCAGCCUUGGGAAAGGGUUCUCCUCUGGUUACAGCACUCCGUACCCCGGCCUGCUCAGGUCCCCCAGCUCUGUGUGUUCAGAGGGCGGGGGGGAGAAGAUCCUCCAUGACGACCAGUCUGUCAGCUCCCUCAUCCCAGCAUACCUGGAGUCUUUGCAGAAGCUCAUGGUAGAUUAGACGGAGCUGCGAGAGUCUCUCUCUGCCGGGGACAGACCUUCAGCAUGUCUCCCCUCUUUGUGUUCACAUUCCCCAUCAACUCUUUUAGUCUUUAUGACUGAAGACUGUGAAACAUACCUUUUUUCCUUUUCAUAAUGUAAUGUUUGUUUGUCAAAUUAGAUCCAAUAUUAAUAUUUUCCUGUUCUAAAAUCCUCAAAAGAAAGUCAAAUAUAAAUACAGUUCCGGAAAGAAUUAAGAGACCACCCCAAAUGUAUUUUUUUCGAGGCUGUAUAUACUGUAUAUACGUACUGUACUAGUAAUCAGUUCAUUUUGAACAUCAUUAAUCAACCUUUUAUUUGAAUUGUACAUGUCAAUAAAAAGUGAAUGGCUUUCAAUCUGA